AUGGAAGCUGGUGAAAACAAGGAAUCAAAGGCAUCAGUCGAUGAUCCAGAAUCUUCGGAGCAAGUGGAUGGUGAUGCCAGGGCCAGGAGGUUCUAUGGGUGCAUCUUCUGCAAGAGAGGCUUCUCCACUCCACAAGCCUUGGGCGGCCACAUGAACAUCCACCGAAAGGACCGAGCCAGGAUGCGGCCGACGGCGAUCUCUUCAGCUACUGAAGAGCCCGGUGAAGGCUCUGAGAGAUGUGGAUCUCAGUACUUGAUCCCUAGCCAUCAGUCCAGUUAUCCACCGUUCUCCGAGUCGCUGAGGAAUUAUGCCAUGUACUUCCCAGCAUCAGCAUCUUCGAAUCGUGAGGUGAAAUUGCCCAGUGAUGAGGAUGAUCAUUCAAGAAGGCCACAAGAGCUGAGUCUUUUUGGUGAGGAGUUGCAUCCGGAUUUAAAAUCUCGUGGUGGUGAUGAAGCUGUGGAGUAUAGAGAAGAGAGGAAGAUGGAUGGCGAGGAAAAAGAACUGGAUUUGGAACUCCGACUUGGUCAUGAGCCAGAAGCCCGGUCAUAA